AGGCCUAGGGCUUGGAGGGCCAGACUGAGCCAGCCGUUUCCAGGCAGACGCUCCCAGGCCUCACAACUGCUCCAGAAGCCCAGAAACCAGCAGCCCGAGAGAAGGCGCAGAAGCUUCCGCAGCCAUGUCAGCCCUCAUCCUGCUCCUCGCUGUCCUGUUCACGGCAGUGCCGCCAGCCAGCUGUCAGCAAGGUCUGGGGAGCCUGCAACCCUGGAUGCAGGGCCUAAUCGCUGUGGCUGUAUUCCUGGUGCUGGUCGCAAUCGCCUUUGCUGUCAACCGCUUCUGGUGUCAGGAAGAGCCGGAGCCCGUGAACACGGUCAUGACCGUUGGAAACAAGGCAGAUGGAAUCCUGGUAGGAACAGAUGGAAGGUACUCCUCGAUGGCGGCCAACUUCAGCUCGAGUGAGCAUGAGAAUGCCUAUGAGAAUGUCCCCGAGGAGGAGGAGGGCAAGGUCCGGAGCACCCCCAUGUGACCGCCACUUGCCUGUGGCCCCCAGCCCUGACCCCAGCUGCCUGUGAUGGAUGCCCAGCUCACCGCCCAAGCCAGCCACUCCUUCUUUGUGCAGGAACCUACAGGAAGGGGCCAACUCUCCAGCUCCACACUGCCUACCUUCCCUCCAACUGUCACCAGCCGAAGUCAGAGCUGUGUCCGGGUUGGGACUCAGCAGUGGCCCUAGGGGUUCCUGCCAGGUCUCCCUCCCAAUUUAAUUCAGAAGACCCUUCCGAAGAGGACAGUCAGCUCAUCACCUCCAACCCUGCCUCACAUCCUCUCCCUCUUAACCGUGGAAAUGGCUCUCAUUUCUGUGAAAUAAAGAUGUUUUGUAUUUCCAA